UCAUUUUCAAGCAGCAUUGAAAACGGAGCAAAAUGGCUGGUCAAUAAGCUGAAAGGUAAAAUGCAGAAGCCUCUGCCAGAUCUUCUACAAGAGUAUGACCUGCCAGUAGGCAUCUUCCCUCGGGAUGCCACUAACUACGAGUUCAACGAAGAAACAAGGAAGCUUACUGUGUUCAUACCCUCCAUAUGUGAGGUUGGUUAUAAGGAUUCCUCCGUCCUGAGAUUUCUUACCUGCGUCACUGGCUAUCUGGAGAAGGGAAUCCUGUCUGAUAUAGAAGGUAUGAAGACCAAAGUCAUAAUUUGGGCCAAGGUGACAUCCAUCUCUACUCAGGGUUCAAAGGUCCAUUUCAACACUAGCGUAAAGAAAACAAGGAGCAGAGAUGCGUAUGAGGUGCUCAGAGAUGGCAUCAUCGUGGACAAAUUUUAAGGUGCUUUCUUUUCUAACACUAUCAAAUGUAACCUUGUUCUAUUAUUCUGUGAUUGUUCUGUUUGGAGGCAGCACAAACAGCAAUUUGCUGACUAUUUGUGUAUCUACUACUAUAUGAGAGAUUCUUGCAUUGUGUAUAAAAGCUAUCAGAACUACUAGUAAAUGGAUUAAGUCUAAAGUUGAAAAUGGUGAUAAGGAAGUAAGGUCUCCAUUGAUCUAUGAAUGAAUUGAUAUAUAAA